AUGAGCGAGAUGCCAGAAUGCACCACACGUCAAGAUACACCAACCGUCACACCCUCAUUCGUGUACUACACAUCUGAACAAAGAGCUCAUUCUGCAGCUCCUACGCUGCGACAACCUCCACGAUACAUACUUGUAGCUCUAUCUGGACUGGUUAGCACAAUGAUGGUUGAAGUAGAAGAUCAAUUAUUGGCCGGGAUCUGGAAGAGCGACUUUAUAACGUGUUUGUGCUGGCACGUUGAGUGGGAUCAUCCAUUUUUACUUGGCAUGUUGCAUCGUGGUGAAGAUUUGCCACCUGUCCGACCUGAGAAGUGGCGAGCACCGUCUUGGAGCUGGGCAUCAGUCAAGCUUCCUGUAUUUAAUGUCAAGAUGUCAAAUCCUCGAAUGUCCCAUUCGAUCUUAGCAAGUAUUGUGGAGGUAAAAGUAGAUGCUACUCCCACAGGCGCCCUCAAACACGCUUAUCUACGGCUUCGGGGGUCAUUAUACACGGCAGAAUAUCUUGAAAGCGACGACUUGCCUAUUGAUGGUUACCAAACGACUUGGCUUCAACUGCUUCCGAACACGAAAAUGAGAACUAUAGUACACCUUGAUGAGCAUUCACGUUUUGGACCAGAUAUGAUCAGAAGGCUUCAUUUGAUGCCCCUAAUUGUCCGGCAUUGUCCAGAGGAGGUGUCUAUAACAUAUGGCCUAUUGCUUGAGCCCACUGGAAUUCUUAUGGGCAUUUUUAAGCGUUGCGGAUAUUUUGUAGUAUCAGAUUAUGUUCUCCCGGAUCGCAUGUUUCAUGGUACACGAAACGCUGAGUGGAUUGAAUAUGAAUCAUUUAAUGCUGAAAGCGGUCAAUACACGAUUUGUAUCUUGUAG